AUUAGUUAUUUUGUCACCCUGUUUCCCUCUUUUUUCAACUUUCUCUCUGAUUUUCUCGACAUCCAAAGACAUCCCUUAGUUUACGACUCUUCUUUUUUGCCUUCCCAUUUUUGUUACUACUAUUAGCAGUGGGGGAAACCUUUUCUUUCCUUUUUCUCUGUUAACGUUCUUGUUAAGUAGGGAAGGCAAUGUGAGUUGUUUGAGCUUGCACUACAGUUACUAAUUUCUGCGACGAGGAUAAGCUUAUUGGGUCUCUUAGUGUGCACAAGAUGGGUAAAUGCAAGGGUUGUGGGAAAUUAGGUAGGAUGAUGCCAAGGGAUGGACCUGUGAAUGCUUUCCAUUCUGUUCUUUUGUGUUCCCCUGUUGUUUCUGUUUGGGAUUGCAUUAUCCGUAAGAUGAGAUAUUUGUACAGGCCUGAGUGGGUGUAGUCUUGGUGUUGUAUUAGUUAAAAGAAUUAAUUACUAGCAAAUAAGUGGCAUAAAGAAAAAUAAAGUAAAAGAGGAAAAAAUAUAGAUUUACAGGGAAAUGUAUACUAUUUAGAAGAGCUGUUCAAAGAAAGAUAAAAACAAGCUAAUAGAACUCUAGGUCUAAAGCUUUUCAGUUUUCAUGGAUAACAAGGCAUGCAAUAAAGUGCAACCAGUAGGGAGAAAAGGGAAAAAGAAGCAAGUGAAGGAUGAAUUGGAUCGAAUUAAACAAGCUGAGAAGAAAAAGAGGCGGUUGGAGAAAGCCCUUGCUACUUCUGCUGCUAUCCGUUCGGAACUAGAACAAAAGAAGCAGAAAAAGAAGGAAGAGCAGCAGAGGCUUGAUGAGGAAGGCGCUGCAAUUGCCGAGGCUGUUGCAUUACAUGUCCUAGUUGGUGAAGACUCUGAUGAUUCGUGUACGGUCAUGCUAAACAAAGAAGAGAGGUUUAACCCUUGGGAUUAUGCCAACAAUCUCAAUCUAUUUAUGGGUGGAGGUAGAGGUUGCUUUCUUCAGCAAGGUCAAGCAAACUGGGGAGGGCAGGUCUCUGAUGCAUAUAAAGAUGGAUGGGAGUGGGCGAUGUUGGAAAACAGUAAUUGGUCCUUACCAUAUGGAGCUUAUGGAGGUGAUCUCCAAGCAUCGUGUUCAUACUUAGAGGAUGGAAGCUGGGGCAAUACAGGAGUUUCAGCUGAUCUUAUUGCAGCACAGGCCGUUUCAGCACUCCAGAUUACCAAGGAUGCAGCGGUAGACACAAUUGUCCUCAACGGUAUGUUGGGAGGGUAAUCGAGCGUAUAAUUGUUAUGCUGCUUCAAGUAUUUGCUCAUAAAUGUGUAUCAUUUGACUGUUAGUUGAAUUUGGUUGUUUCUUCUUCAGUUUUAACUGCUGCACUUGUAAUCCAUAUUCAUUAGUGCAUGGUUACGACUUCAUGCAGCAUCAUUUUAUUGUGGUUAUCGAACAGGUCAGCUAUCAGUUUUGAUUCGCAAAUUCUAAGAAAUUGAAUAAAUCUAACAAAUUUGGAUAAUUUUUAAUGAAA